CUUAGUCGAUAUGUUGAGGCAAGCGUCAGCUAGUGAGAUAUCUUCCCCUUAGGCUCUUUGGUUACACUCAGCCAACAUGGCGACCAUGUUGGAAUUAAUAGUUACUUUGUAGUGCCAUUAAAAUGAGGUUUCCCCGUUGCUGCAGGUUGCCCCGGCGAACCUACUUGUUGUGGCCAAUCCUAUUGCUCCUCCUGGUUGGUGUAGCCCUAACAGCUCUGCUUCCACUUCCCGAGGACCCAGGGGGCCUGGGUGUUCUUGGAGUGCUACGCAGAGCAACAAGUCAAGAAGAGAAACCUGUAGAGGUCCACCAUGCUGUCAGCACAGAAGAGGAGGAGCAGAGGUUUACCAUUGUUAUCCAAACUUACAACCGCACAGAUGUUUUGCUGAAACUCCUGAACCAUUACCAGGCAAUGCCCCAUCUUCAACAGAUCAUCAUAGUCUGGAACAACAUUGGGGAGCAGACACCAAUGAAGUUAUGGAACUCUCUGGGGCCUCAUCCGGUCCCUGUGGUCUUCAAGGUGCAAAUGAGCAAUACGAUGCGAAACAGACUGCAACCAUUCCCUGAAAUUACUACUGACGCCAUUCUGAUGCUGGAUGACGACACCCUGGUCAGUGUUCCUGACAUCAGUUUUGCUUUCUCAGUCUGGAAGCAAUUUCCAGACCAGAUUGUUGGAUUUGUCCCACGGAAACAUGUCUCAACAGCAGGUGGGGUGUACAGUUAUGGCAGCUUUGAGCUGCAGGACCCUGAAAAGGCUGGAGGUGACAAAUACUCCAUGGUGUUAAUUGGCGCUGCCUUCUUCCACCAACGCUACCUGCAGCUUUUCCAAGAACAACCUCAAGCAGUGCAUGCGCUGGUGGAUGAAACACAAAACUGUGAUGACAUUGCCAUGAACUUUGCCGUAGCGUUACAUUUGAGGAAGCAAUCAAAGUCCUCAGGCAGCUUUAACAAACCCUCUGGGGUCUUUGUCAAACCCGUGGACCUCCGUAACUUGGAGAAGGAGGCCAGCAGUGGAUACCAGGGUAUGUGGCAUCGUCCUGAACACCUCCUUCAGAGAUCCUACUGUCUGAACAGGCUGACACAUAUCUAUGGCACCAUGCCACUCUGCUUCUCCAACCUGAUGGUGUCUCAGUUUGGCUUUCCAAGCUAUGCCAACCACAAGUUUAGAAGCUGAGGUGCCGCCACAUUGCUGGCUGUUUUGGAUUGAAAGUUAACGUACUCAGGUUGCAGUUUGGUAAGUCAGUGUUUGAUUAAUUACACUCCACCUGUUUAAGCCAAAGAUAAGGUCUAUCACCAGAUUCACAGGUUAUAAUCGCAUUCUCACCUGAUCAUAACAUUUCACUGACAAAAACAGUGAUGACAAUGCAGCAGUGCAAUACAGGGUAUAUUCAGCUUGUUUUCCUUGUUUACCUUCUCAGUGUUUGUCUCUUCUGUGUUUUUAUUUCAUGGUACUGGGCAGUUUCAGAGUGGAAUCAGCAUGACUGUCAUGAACUUUCCUUCACUGGACAACAGCAUGGAUUGUUUAAGACUUUUCUACAUAUGGUCCUGUCAGAUGAAACGUUCAUAUUUGAAAAAAGGUAAACUGACUAUUGUUACCAAAGAGGCCAUAGUUAACAACUCUCUCAGUGGAUGCAAUUAUUUGAAACCAGGACUCAGUUUAAGAUGUGCUUUGGUUAUUUGCCUUUUAUGUAACUAUGAAUUGAAACACUAAAAAUGCAGAUUUGUCAAAUUGAGUUGUUUUUUUUACUACAUUUCAAACUGUGUCACAUUUCAAGUGAGUUUUUUGAGUAACUACAACUACAAAUUCAAUAAUGUAGUGUCAACCCUUUCCAAAGUGCGUUACUGCUUAUAAAUGAUCAUCUGCAUUUUAACACCUCAUGACAAUCUUAAAGUGCAGCACUACACAUGCAGAGACAAUAUUUUUUAAAUGUUUUCUUGUGUGUCCAUUUUGUAGGACUAUAUCAUGUCUUCAGCUAAUUAAUAAAGACAACUCUCCUUUUUUCUGAAA